CAUGUUCAGAAGAGCUGAAUACAUGUUGCCCUGUUUAAGAACUUUGUAGAGUAAAUAUUUCUUAAAAUUAAAUCCGAACGGCAAAUAAUUAUACACGUCUGUCUUGAUUAAGUUUUGUGACUGUGCAGAUUUGACCCAGUUUUCAACAGUCAUGACAGUUCCUAACUUGGCUGGAAAUCUUUCUAGAAUUACGCCUACUAUGAGAAUUAUGAGUAAGACCAACCUUCACAUUGCGUGACCAAGCUGCUUGACUUUACGUCGAAAUCCUUCCUGUGUUAAAGGACACUGUGACGUCAGGUUAAGCCCCGCUGCAGAUCGCUCUAGUUAACAACCAUUUUGACUGUCUUCUUGAGAUAACUUUAAGAGGCGCGGCGAUCGAUAAAAUUUGUUCACGACGGAGAAUAGUACAGGGUACGUCGAAAAGGGUUGAAGCUAUAGCUGCAUAUCGCAUCGAAGCGCCACGCAGUAAACAACGCUUCGCACGAGGGUGAACUGAAAUACAGGAAGCGAGAAGGAGGAAGGACAGAUUCUUUCAAAUCUACUGUAGCAUCUGGAGAGAGUUGAGGGGAAAAAAGUACAAGAAAUGGAAAAGAACAUAUCUUGGCGCGGUGAAACGAUUGAGAAUCAGUGAGGCAAUGGAGAACCAGUGAAGCAAGAAGUAUUGAUUUUGAGCCCGAGAGACAUAAUCCUAGUCUCCUUUAUUCGCCUCUUCUUCUUCUUUGAAGCCAGUCUGUUCAUCUUAGUGACAGAUUGGCAUUCGUUGAGUUUGCUCUUAUUAUGCUAGAGGAUUGAUCAGGACAAUUCACCGACUGGUAUAGGAUAACAGCCGUAAGGAUAUACUUUUAUGGAGUUGACUUCAAAAAUAUUUUGGAUAUUAUUUGUGUUUUGAAAGCAGUUGAUAACACUGAUGUUUACGCCAUUCACUUCACGGUUUUAUCUUCUUGAUGUCAGUCUGUUUUACAUCUUGUCAAACCUAGCAACAGAUUUCCUACCGCCAUGUGUAAAGUGUGCACAGCUAGCUUAAAAAUCCAAGUGCUUUGGAAUAUGUUUCUGAGAUGACUUUUGUGUUUCCGUGAUGACUGUAUGUUUCCGAGAUGACUAUAUGUUUGAUUUGAUCAUCGGUGUUUUUCGGAUAUGGUUUUAACAAUGGGAGAUGACUUUUAUCGUCAGCGAACGGCCAUGAGCGGGCGACGGGUUCGGCGGGAAUCGGACGCGAGACGGGACCUCGAACGCAUGCAUCUGAUGACGAUACGACGAGAAAAGAUGAGACUACAAGAAGAACUCGAUCGCGUCCGUGUCAAAGGAGGACAAAAACCAGGUGUGACCAACGCUGGCAAGAACGCACAGCUUCUGUCGAGUCGGUUCGUGACAACGGCUAACGGCGAAGGAGCGAGUCAACGCCGAUCGCGACUACGGACAUCGACGGCUACAUCGUCCACGAGAUCGAAAUCGCCUUAUAUAAUGCGACGGAACACGACGAACACUAAGUUGGGUUCGAGCCUGAAUUCCGAUACGGAACUUCCGCAAAUUGGAUACAUGGCGACGCCCUUGACCGGGGAGCUGGAUUCGAGGAGGAUGAAGGAUGAAAUUAGAGACCCCAAAACGAAAAUAAACGAACUGAAGAAAAAUGAGGGGCAACAGAAAAAGCUUCUGUCACUCAAAGUCGACAUGUUCACUCGAUCGUUUACCCCGGUGUCACCUACUCACUCUCGUUCACCGGUUCGAUCUCCUGCUCACAGUCCAACGCCAAAGACCGAGGAGAAAUUUCCCAUAACGGAUGAUGUCGACAUUUCGUCAUCAGAUUAUUUGUUUAGUCCAAGAUCGUCCUUCCCACCAGCCACUAAGAAAAGGGGACAUUUCGACGUUUCUCGCGACGCAAGAAAUGCAAUGAACACUCGUCUCGCGCCCAUCGACGCAGCCGAAAUCAAUGGCGAUUACGGUGAAACGCAACGCGACGACGUUCUUCCUACGAUCCCGCACACGCAGAUGGUUCCAACUCAGUUACCACCUCGACCAACUAUCAUCAGACGGCAGAGCCAAGUUGCCAUUUUAGAACGAGGCGAUCAAAAGAAGAACAAAUACGCCACGACCGCAACUUCGAAAGACUCUAAAGAAAAGGAGUUCGGUGUGAAUAAUAACAGCAACGGCGAGCCCACAAAGAAAUCCGUGGAAUCGGAACUGAACCUCGCCGUCCUCGGCCGCGAUGCAAAACGAGUGAAGGAGAUCAUUGAGAACCCUGAAAUGGUGUUUGACCAGGAGAAGUAUGCCCCCGAUGGCGCGCUGAGGACUGUUCACAUGCUGCCAACUGCAGACAACGCAUUUUCACAGGCGAGGCAAGCGAGGUACCUAAGGUGGAGGGACCCCAAUGAACUCAACAAAGAAAAGGAGUUAACUGUUUCUGACAUAUUCGCCAAAGGCACAAGUAGCUUUUAGUUAGGGCCGGACGAGAAUUAUUUCCAACACUGAUCGAGGCAAAUGAAAGUGGGCAUGGCCCUUUACUUUCAACAUGUUCAAAACUAAUUUUAGCUACAUCUUAUCCAUGGCAUCUGAAGUAAAAGGGUAUUUCAGCGAAUUUUGGUGACUGUAUGAUGUUUAUGUGAAGCUUGUCACUUCGGCAUAUAGACGAUGUUUUGUGUUUGAAUAAACAAAAGGCGGUCAAAAUGUUGCUUAUUAUGGGUACAUCUAACAUAAUGUUAAUAACUCUAAGAUACCUGGCAAACUUUACAAACAUCACUAUUGUAUCAUAUUCAUUUCAAGAUAGGUGUAGGUGUUGCUGGAAGAUUGGGUCCAUCGCUAUAAACUCCAGCACCAACCCCAAACAAGUGUUAUUGAAAUAUAAAUCGCAUCUCUGAUAGUGACGUCAGUGAUAGCACCACUAUCAUUUUACACCUGGUGCUUUGGUUGGUGUAAAGAUUGGCCUAACACCAGCAGUACCAACACUAUUGAAUCUCCUCUUACACCUGCCACUGUUGCCAUAAAUAGUCUUAAUUAUUUUAGUGAUACGACUAAUAUGCAACCAGCUGUACAGUAAUGAUUAUAUCAUACUGAUUGACUUUCUUUCUUAAUGUCAAACUUGAUAUAUUCAAGCCUAUCAUAAGUGGGGUCAUCAUUUUGAUUUAACCAUGAUUGCCCCCAAACUAUAUGAUAUAAUUUUAAAUCAGUGCACAGUUCCAUCGGACUAUAUCUGUACAUAUUGUCUUGUAUUAAUAUCCUGAGUAAAUUAGAUAAAUAUUAAGCAUGAUGUAUAAAGAAGUUAUGAGCUAUGAUAAUGACAAAUUAAUAGCUUAUACGAUGGAACUGGCGUUUAAUUGCAUUUUCUUCAGUAUUCUCCCAAGAAUUGAAAUAUAUAAGCAAUAUCGAUUAAAGAUAAAAUAAAU